UUUUAUGAAUACUCUCGUUUCUUCCACUCAAGGAAUCCUAUUCUGCUGACACGGGCCUCUUCACGUUACAUAAACACAUCAUGUUCUCCAAAAAGGGGAACCCUGAAUUCACUGUCUAUUAAUAGAGAGGAUCCUUUCUUCUGCACUUGGUUUCUGGAGACGGUUGCAGCAAGAUCUUGGGCUUCCUGCAGCAGAUCACACUCAACACUGAUGUUGUUGUUUAUUCUACUAAUCUCGUGGCAUGGCCAAGGCGCCUAUUCCGACUGGGAUGUAUUUGUUCCAGAUUCUUUACAAGGAGUGGUGGGUUCCUGUCUGAUCAUCCCCUGCUCAUUCACCUACCCCAACAAUAUUCAAACUCCUGAUGGAAUUACCCCAAUAUGGUACAAGGACAGGGAAUUAAAAGUCGUGUACCAUCGCACACAGAACAUAGAAGCAGAAUUUCAGGGGCGCAUGGAAUUGCUGGGAGAUCCCAACCUGAACAACUGCACAACACUCCUGAGGAACCUACAGAGUGGCGAUUCGGGGGAGUAUUUGUUCAGGUUUGAAAUAAGUAAUAUCAAUAGAUGGACAAGCAAGAAAGCUGUCACUGUUACUGUAAAUAGUAGACCAACAAUUCCUAAAGCUGUGAUCCCUCAGUCUAUUACAGAAGGGGAAUCUGUGACCUUGCAAUGCACGACUCCGUACUACUGCCCAAGUGAAUCGAACGCAUUGGAAUGGCAUGGCCACAACCCAGACAGAUCUUUCUUGGCAAAGAGUGUUCAGCUGGACACGUCUGCUGUUCAGAUCCGACAAAACUUGACCACGAGCUUCACUUGGCUCGAUCACCAGAAGGUGCUUCAAUGUGAGGUCUCUGCUGGAGAUCAGAAAGAAACAAAGGAAGUUCUCCUUGUUGUCAAUCACUUCCCCAAAGGAGUAAAGCUUCUAAUAAACCCAUCAAGAGAUAACAUUAAGCAGGGGGACACAGUGACAUUGACGUGCCAGUAUAAUAGCAGUUACCCGGCAGUGAGUGGCUACACGUGGUAUAAGAACGACAAGGUGUUUUCCAGAGAGCCAAUCGUCUCCUUCCCGAGCAUCACCCGACAUGAUUUUGGGAACUUUCGGUGUGAAGUGCAAAACCCAGUGGGAACUGGAGCCUCAGAGGUCAACCGGCUAAUUGUGUUCUCGGCAAACACCUUGUUGAGUCCAUCGUCGGAAGUGAGAGAAGGCGAGGCAGUGACCAUGACUUGCGAUGUUCCUGGUGCCGACCCAGACCAGAUCCACUACAGCUGGUAUAAGAACAGUAUCUGGAUUAAGGAUGGGGCCUCCCGCUCCCUGAUAUUCUACGAGGCUUCAGCUUCUGACGCGGGAUAUUACAACUGCAAAGUGCAGAACGACAAGGGCAGCGAUUCUUCUUCGCCCAUUGUUUUAAAUGUCUUGUAUCCUCCCAGAAUUCCAACAUUCAACUCUUUCCUGGAGACACAGGAAGGGAAACUGGGCAUUCUACACUGCUCUGUGGAUAGCAACCCGCCAUCUGUGCUGACACUCUACAAGAAUAGUGAUGUAUUGGCCACCACCAGCUCUCACGGUGCCCCCACCCAGAGGCUCAAUGUCAUAUCCUCACGCAACUCCCUGAAACUGGAAAUCCGCAAAGUUGUCAUUUCGGAUGAAGGCACUUACAGCUGCAUGGCUAGAAACACCAUCGGAAACUCAACGGCGUCUCUUCAGCUCACUGUGGAAAUUGCCAGGUUGGUGGUAUCACCAUCGUCGGAAAUAGAAGAGGGGAAGGAGGUCACCCUCACCUGUUUUGCAACCCGCAGCACCCAGAAGGGGUUAAAAUAUAUAUGGUACAAGAACGGCAAGUGGCUGAAAGAAUCAGAAGAGAACACUGUUAUCUUUCAGAGGGUAUCCAGUCAAGAUGCAGGAUCAUAUUACUGCCUGGCCCGAAGCAGCCAAGGAAGCAGUAGUUCCCCACCAAGGACCCUGCACGUGCUGUUUGCACCAAGAGACCUCUCUGUGACCUCCUUUGUGGGAUCAUCAGGCAGGAAUCUAGGAAUCAUCCUCUGUACAGUGGACAGUGACCCACACUCUGACCUGCUCCUCUAUAGGAAAGAGACCUUGGUGGCUUCCAGCGCAACGCUCCUCUACAAUAGGAGAUUCAAUGUUUCAGCUUCUCUAAAUUCCUUAAAGCUGGAGAUCCAAGAUGUGUUAGUUGAGGAUGAAGGAGCCUAUCGAUGUAUGGCCAAUAACACCUAUGGUCAAAUAACUGGUUACUUAGACUUCACCAUGGAAACAGUAAAAAUUUCAGCCAUGCCAUCUUCUGAGGUCCAUGAGGCGGACAAUGUUACUUUAAGAUGCGUCCUAAACAGCGAUUCAAAAGGAAAUUUCAUGUUUGCCUGGUAUAAGAACAGUGCCCUGUACUCUGAAGGGCCUGAGCCUUUCCUAAUAUUUCAAGAGGUCAGCAGUUCAGAUUCCGGAUCCUACCACUGCAGAGCCUGGAAUAACGAGACCAGCAAGAGCUCUGCCUUCCUUAGUCUCCAUGUUAUUUAUGCACCGAGGAGCAUGCAGCUCAAAUCCUUUCUGGACACAGAGGUAGGAAAAUCGGCCUUCAUCCUCUGCACCAUGGAUAGUUACCCUCCAGCAGAGAUAUUGCUCUAUCAUCAAGAUGAAUUAGUGAUUUCCAGGAAGAACUUGAGUUCUGUUAAUCAGCGCUACAGAGCUUCCUUCUCCAGCAAUACACUUAGGGUGGACAUACGAGAUGUCAAGGUGGAAGAUGAGGGGAAAUACACUUGUGCCUCUGUUAAUUCUGUUGGAUCAACAGAUGAGACCAUAUAUUUUAAAGUGCCGCUGGCUCGGAUACUUAUUACACCAUCUACAGAGGUUUUAGAGAAUGAGAAGGUGGUGCUCACCUGUGACCUGACCAAGACCCAACUGGAGGGAACAAUGUACAUCUGGUACAAGAACAGUAAGAGGCUCCUGGAAUCCUCUGAAAACACCUUGGUGUUUGACGCCAUAAAGAGCAGCGAUUCAGGCUAUUACCACUGCAAAGCACACAGUUCCCAGGACAGUACCAUUUCUUCCUCAGUGUCUCUCCACGUGUCUUAUGCCCCCAGGAUUCCAACUAUGAACUCAUUCUGGGAAUCUCACAGUGGCCAGGUCGGCAUCAUUGAAUGCAACGUGGAUAGCGACCCUCCAUCUAGGUUAACACUACACAGGGGGGAGCUGUUGGUUGGUUUAACAGGAUCUUCUCAAACACUCAACCAGAGAAUGAGCGUCUCUUCUUCUCCGAACUCCCUGAAACUCAUCAUUAGAGAUGUUGUGUUGGAGGAUGAUGGGGAGUAUAAUUGCACUGCAAGUAAUUCCAUUGGCCAUUCUAGAUCUGCAAUAAACUUCACAACACAAACAUCUAGAAUCCUGAUCAGUCCAUCGUCAAUAGUACAGGAAGGAAUGACUGUGAAUCUGACAUGUCUGGUAUCCAGUAAUGCACCUGGGGAGGUCAAAUACAGUUGGUUCAAAAAUGGAAAGGAGCACCCACGGGGCAGUACCAAGACUCUUCUGUUCAGCAGGGUCUCCAGUGAGAAUGGAGGAUCAUACUACUGCACGGUACAGAGUGAAACAAUAAGAAAAGCUUCACCACCCAUCACUUUAAAUGUCACGUAUGCCCCAAGGAAUGCCUACAUAAAAUCAUUUGUGGAGACCCAAAAUGGAAAAGUCUCCAUUAUUCAGUGUGGGGUAGACAGUAAUCCUCCAUCCCAGUUGGUUUUAAUGAAAGAGCACCAGCUUGUAGCUUCCUCGGGGAACAGCGGCCUUUACCUUCAGAGGUUCAACCCUUACUUUUCCUUAAAUACCUUGCGGAUAGAGAUCAAAGACCUCAUGCAAAGCGAUGAAGGAACCUACAUCUUUACGGCAAAGAAUGUCCAUGGCACAACAACGUCGUCCUCGCAUCUCGCCUUAGAAGGGGCUCGUGUUUUGGUCAGCCCAUACCCAAGACUGAACGAGGGUCAGUCGGCCACCUUGACCUGUAACGUCCUGAACACGCCGCUACCAGUGACCACUUAUAGCUGGUAUAAGAAUGGCAGAUGGCUCCAAGAAGGUUUGCCAAGGUCCCUUGUGUUUGAACAGUUGCACAGCACCGACGCGGGUACCUACGCCUGCACCGGCCACACCCCCAAUGGCACUUGGCCCUCCUCACCUGUCACCUUAUAUGUGCAGUACCCCCCGCGGAACCUGUCAGUCUCCUCGUUCUUGGAAACGCAGGGCAAGCGUCAGGGCGUUAUUUACUGCAGUGCUGAAAGCCAACCACCCUCCCAACUGCUUUUAUACAAGGGAGAUCGAGUUCUGGUUUCCUCUGCAAAAGUGAGAUUGUCCACGUCCCAUAAUGCCCUGAGGCUGGAAAUGGACGAGGUGGCCCUAGAAGACCAGGGAGACUACACCUGCCGGGCUACCAAUUCAAUGGGAGCCUCACAAACCUCUGUUCAUUUCUCGCUGCAAGAAGCCAAAGUGGUGGUGACACCAUCGGCUGAGCUGUGGGAAGGUGGAUCGGCCACUCUCACCUGUCAGACUGCCAGCUCCUCAGCCCAGAACUCCAGCUUUACCUGGUAUAAGAAUAACCACUGGCUGAAGGAUGGCGCCGAGGCCUCUCUGGUGCUGAUGAAAGUAUCCGAUGCCGACGCUGGGUUGUACCACUGCCUCGCCAGUUAUGGGGGCCAAGAGAGCAUCUCCGAUCCGUUUGCAAUCACCGUGCUCUAUGCUCCUAAGAACCUUCAGGUUACAUCAUUCUUGGAACCUCACAGGAAGGAUCAGGGAAUUAUUGUGUGCAAGGUGUAUAGCGUUCCCCCAUCCGUUAUUACUCUGCACAAAGAGGGCACCCUUGUGGCCAGCACCACGCCCGUCCAGCCCGAUCGAGGUCAGAAAUUCUGGGCAUUUUCCUCUCACAACUAUCUGAGACUGGAAAUAAGAGAUGUCACCACUGAGGAUUCUGGGAGAUACGUCUGCACCGCCAACAACACAAUAGGAAGUUCAACAGCAUCUGUUUUAUUUACCAUAAAUGAUAAGGAGGUUCUAGUGUAUAAAGUCACUGCUUGGGUCACGCUCCUGUGCGUUGUGAUGUUAGUGGCCACCAUUGUUGCCAUGUGCCGGAUGAAAAGAGUCUGGUACACAAAGCAAACAGACAAGAACUGUAUGGAGAUGGACAACAAUGGAACAACAAAGGAGACACUGUUAUCCUGAUGCCCCAACUUUGUGCCGUGCUGGAGAUGUUUGGACACAGAGGGCAAAUGUGAAUUUCUGCACAUUGGAAUCAUAGCAGUCUGAUAGCCAUAGCAGUUACCUUUCUCUACAUACAAAAGAAAGAUUGGAAGGGGCCGAUUUUCUUCUUCUUACCCCCUCUGGCUCCUAUUGAAAAACUGAAUGUUCCUCAGCCCCAAGAUAGGGCCACCUACUGUAUGAACCUGCUCGCAGACUUUACCCCUCUUAUCCACUGCCUGAAGAACCCGCACAAGUUGGCUACUGACUCUCUACAACCCAACACCUUGCGAGAGAACCAAUGAGGCUGAAACAGUGUGAGAACAGAAUUGAGCCAUUCAUGUACACUGAGCUUACUGCUGACUCCACAUCUUCUCAGCAUCUCCUCCAUAACCUCCAUCACUUCCUACAAGCCCAAUUUAAAGCCUUCCUCAAUCUACAGUAUAUUAUCUCUUGCACCUCCAUAAGAAUUCUCUAUUCCACAUUCCUAGUGAGCAACUCCAUCUAAUAAAUUGCUGCAGGAACCUUGCACCUCCUGAAUAAAUCUUUCUCUAAAUCAA